ACCAUCGCCAACUCUACUAAAAUAUAUUGUUCAUUAACUUAGAAAACUGACUUGUUGAGCUUUCAGAGAAUUCGCCGAUAACAGAUAGCGAUUAAUUUUCAUUUAAAAUUUAAACGGGACAAAAUCCUCAAAUUCGAGAGGAAUUUUCAAAUUCGAAAAGAUCGACAAGCCCGAUCGAGUUCAAAUCUCGAGUUUAAUCAACAGAUUAACUGGAGGGCCCAGGACGUCGACACGGAACUGGGUUACCCUUUCGUCCGGCCGCUGUCGCUUUCGAUCAUCGGGGAGGAGGGGCAGAGGAGGAAAAAGAGGGCCAUACGCGUCUCUGUCAAGAAACACAGUGUGGAGGCCUCGGCUGUCAAUUAGGCCAUACGUGCGCCGCUUAAAUGGCUGCAGACCUCAACGUGACUGAACGUGUAAUACGUUUAGAAGGGGGAGGGCCCGCGGUAUGGCUUCCUCGGUGGUCACUGCCGGUGUGCAGUGCGCGCCAGCUGCUCCCCAAAGCGCACCGGUCACUUUAUAUACCACACUGUUACUUACUUUGCCACGUUAUACAUUGCCGAAAACAAAACGGCUCAGUCGGACUUCACCCGCCAACUUUGCCUCCUCGGAUGGAGCGAUAACACGAGGAGGAGAGGAGGAUUCGAAAUGGUGAUUGGUGAGGGACGUUGAUUUUCGCGAAUUUUGGCAAACGAAUGAUUCGUUUGGCCUGUUGAGAGGUUUGGUGAUUUUUGGCGGUUAAGGAUUGACACCCUGGAUGGAGAUUUAAAGGUAAACGGAGGGGGAUUUUGUUAGCGGCAAAUUUAUUUUCGGGUGAGUUAUGCUUUAGAUUAAUUGUAAUUAUAAGCUAAGUAAGUGAGCAAAAUAUGUUUUUAGUUUCUGCUAAUAAUAGCAGUGUUCUUAUGAAUCGUACGAGGGUAUGCAAGCAGGUGGAGUAAAUUUUUAACGAGAAAGUCAUAAUCAAUAGUGAGUCAUUCUGAUUCAGCGAGGAGCACCUAUUUUCGUAUUGAUCCAAUACGAAUCGAAUUUAUCGAUCGUCGAGGAAAUAUUAGUUUUUGAAGUAAAUUUUUUUCGGGCAGAAUUCUUUUCGUUUCUACAGGAUGAGAAAAAUUAUUGGAUAAGUCUUACGUUAAAUAUUAGAUGGGUACGUGUGUUGUGACACGCCGUUCUUUUUCCAGAGAUCGAUAAAUCUUCAAACAAAAAUGAAAAAAAUAAGGGAGAAAAGAGGGAGGCUGUAAUUAGAGGCAAAAAUCCCUCGAUUCGUGGGAUCGAAACUUUCAAUUUUUCUAUGCCAAGUUGUUGGAAAAUAAAAGAAAGAAUUGGAAAAGUUGAUCGAUAUCGAUGAUUUUCACUUAAAUUUCAACGAGAAAGAUGAAAAUAAAUUUAUUUGAUCGAAUGACCAGCGUGUUUCCCAAAAGGGGAGGAAAACGAAAGUUUUGACAGAGAACUCGAUCAAAGUUGUGUCAUCCCGCCUCCGGAGAUAAACAAACCUCUCUGAAAUCGAAUCUCGCGGAUCGAAAACAAAAAAAAAGAAAUAAAUAAAUAAAACAAAACACGCCUCUUCGAGCGUCGAUCGAUCAAUCCAAACACUCGUUCGAAAAAAUAAGGAUUUUGAUCGAAUCCAAACACCUCCUCCCGCUAAAUCGGAUUACAAUUAAGAAAAAGAGAUUAUCAAAGUUCAAAGACAAGGGAAGAACACUUACGACGAAAUUCUACAACGGAAGAAACCUGACCGAUACCAACAGUAUUAUUAUCCAACCGAUAAAUUCAUUCACCGUUCAGGGGUCAAUAAAAGUUCGAGGCAAAAUUUAUAUUUAAUUGAACCAAUUCCCAAAAGGAAGGGGGAAAAAAAAACCUCUUUAAUUAAAUUUUGUAUAAACAUUUACAAAAGAUUACGUUUCAGCUCGAGAAACAUGAUCAUCGACUCCAUCUACCAUCUACUCGCUCGUCCCUAGAUCAGAGGAUAAAAGAAUAUCGGCGAAGAUGGAAAAAUAUCGAUCCGAAUAAAUUGGGAUGCAGUUGGAAAAAUGCUGGUGACAAUCGGUUCCACGACGUAACGGCCAGAAUCUUGCAAGACUCCUUCCAAGGGGUCGAAGCGAAAUCAUGAGUAAGAAAGAGGGGGUGGAAGAGGAAAUGGGAAGAGCACAGGUUGAUCGAAGGGCACAGUUUUGAAGGGGCACGGUUGUUAUCGAUUAAACACAAGGGCGUUCGAGAAAUUCGGCUGCCCCUCGUUCUUUAUAGCAGGCAUGGCGUCGUCCAAGUUUCUAGUGAUUUUUCUCACCGCGCUGCGCACCGUUCUAGGGACAAAAGACGAUCUCGACGAUCAGAGCAUGUGCUCGAGGAACAGAAGUCUGCUCGAGAUCCCCGGCGACGCUGUUCUAUCCGUGUUCCUGAAUAUCAAUCACGGCCCCUAUUGCAACAUCACGAGCGGCAAAGGGUUGCAGGAAGUCGCUACCGCCUCCUACGUGGUGCAUCUAUUGAACGAGUACGAGUUCAUCCCUGGAUUCUCGUUGGGUUUGAAAAUCUUCGACACUUGUUUCGACGAGACGACAGUGUACAAACAAGCGUUGCAAGCGAGCGUGGACGCCGAUUGCCGCACGGAUCGCUACGAGAUGGGUGUAUUGUUACCGGCCGAGUACGCGACGAUAUUGGAACCGCUGCGCAAUUACAGCGUGUUGCCGGUCGCAACGUACGACGAGCAAAACUUGACCAGGCCGUUGAUCAAUCUGCUGGUCCAUUAUCUGAGCACCAGGUUCGAGACGGUCGAUCUCGUUCUAGCCAGCCACGAUUCCCCGUUGAACGUGUUCCUCGACGCAGCCAGGGAGGCGGGGAUCUGCGUGAAGAGCUACGGGACGGACAGUUUGGCGGUGGAGGGGGGCGAGGCGGAACCGGUGAUCGCCGCGAUCGGGCGGAGGAGCGAUAUUCGACAGUGGAUAGAGAGGGGGGAGAAGCUGCAAGAAUCGAGGAAAACUUGGAUAGCGUUGCCCCUCGACGGAUCGAACGUCGACGACCUGGUUCCUUCGGGCUCGUACGUGGUGAGGACGAGGUCGCCGCUGGACCCGGACCUGCUCCAAGACGCCUCGUCACCGCACCCGUUCCUCGAGGCGGUUGGGGAUCCUGUGACACAUUCCCCUCAUUUGCUCGGCGUGGGCAAGGCCGUGCUCGAGCUUGCCCAAUUGCUGCAAGACAUCCGUAAACGGAAUUGUCCGCGAGUCGCCGGAGUUGACGGAGCGUUGUGCGCGAUGCAACGUUUCAACCCUGCCUCGAGGCAGGAGGUGAGAAACGCGGACGUGUACGCGGCCCUCCGCGUACAGGCGAAGUCGAUCAGGUACGCGGUGGCGAUGAAGAGCCAACGAGACGACGUGGUCGACGUGGCCACGUACAACGUAGAGCCGGAGAAAGUGAAGUUCAGAGUGUGGCCCGAGUCGAGGAUGCCCAAGAUGGCCAGGCUGUGUUUGAGGAAGUACGCGAGCAACUGCGACGGGUGCGCCAAUUUCAAGAGAAGAUUCGGCCCUCGUGGCGCGAGCAAAGACACGCUCGACAGGGGUCUGCUUAAGGCUGGCAACUGGAUACCGAUCUUCCUGACGGUGGCCGUGUGCGGGACGUUCGCCUGCGGCGCGAUCGCCGUCUUCAUCAUAUACCGUUUCAUGGUCGAGGACGUCCUCGACGGGAAUCCGGUGUUGACCAUCGCCCUGAUACUCGCCAACGUGUUCACACUGCAAACGGUGCUCCCGUUCUGCGUCAACGACGACUAUUUAGGCGCUGAACGGUUGAACUCGAGGAAGAUACUCGCGACGACCCUCGCCUUCGGGCUCGACUUCUCCCUCAUGUUGACCAGGGCCUUCUUCCUCGUCUUCUCCAAGGGCGGCGUCUUCACCGCCCACAUCAACGGCCACCUCCAAGGAUUGAUGGUGUUCUUCAUGUUCUUCGUCCAAGUCGCCAUAUCUGUCAUGUUCUUCACCCUCAGCACACACGACUCGGCCGUGGUCAUGAGAAGCCUCAUUUUCAUCGCUCUUCUGGGAUACGAUAUAUUCCUGCUGGUCACGCUGUUCAUCGUGUGCUUCUUCAUCUUCCAACUGCCGCGCAAUUAUCGGGAGGGGAAGUGCUUCUUCGGCACGUCUAUCGGCCUGUUGAUCGCCUGGGCCGUCUGGCUCACCUGCUUCAUCCUCGUGGAGCCGGAAUACCGCGACACCGUGGUGUCCCUCGGCAUCAUCUCCACGGCUUAUCUCAUCAUCAUUGGGAUACUGAUACCGAGGACGUAUUACAUGGUCACCCAUCUUGCCAGGGGGAAGAAGUUCGGCCAGAGAUUCGGAUCGACCGAUCUCGCGACCGACUCCAGGAUCGACACCAGGCAGAAUCGCCCGUUUUACGACUACGUGCACUCCGGCGGGGGAAGCACGGCCAAUUUGCACGUGACGCCCACGUAUCCAAACUAUUACGGGAGCUCGAGUCCAAGCCAAAAGUAUCUGGCAACGACCAACAGAAGAAUUCCAGGAUACAACAAUUACGGAUACCAUUCGGAGAUGCGAGAAGUGAAUAACUCUUACACGAUACCUCAAGUCUGCAUCGAGGAUGCGGACUCAAGAAUCGACGGGAACGCGACUUACGCGCGGCCGAAGAGCAACCGGAAGCGGAGGACCAAAGGCGAGAAGGAUUGCGUGGAGACGGACGUUUACGUGGAGGGAAGCGUCUCGUGUCGUAGAUCGAACAACGAGGCGUAUCCCAGCAGGUCCAACAGCCCCAGGUUGACCCAGGUAGAGGCGAUUCGCGAGGAGGAGGAGAACGAGGAGACGAGCAGGAUCACUCGAUUCUGAACGACGAUCAUGGAGUGGAGUGGACACGAUUUCGAAAGAAAUCCUCGACGAGGAGCAUCUUAAAUUUCGCCGCGUGCCUUGUCUUCGAUCCUGAUCGAGAUUUCGAUUGAGACGCACGUUUGUAUUUAUUAGGAAUUGUACCGAUAUAUCUUUAAAUUUAUCCAAGUAAAUCUAGUCAAUGAAUAUAGUGUGCAAGUUUCUUCUCAACUGUUGUGUUAAUAAGAUUGAUUACGAUAUAAAGGAAGAAGAAAUCGUGGGUGAGCUAGUGAAAAGAAAUGAAAAAUACGAAGAAUUGAAUGAACGUAUAAAUGAAAAGUAUUGCGUGUAUUUAUCAAUACGUUUGUAAUUCGUUACAAAAAUGCAUAAAAACGUGUAAGAUGAAAGAAAAAUAUUUCUUUGCAGCCUUCUUUCUCUAAAAAGAAAAAAUAUAUAUAUAUCGUAAUA